AUGCCUUCAUUCCCGUUUAAACAUCAAGGCAAAAAUGGACAACAUGCUCGCGCUGGGCCAAUCAAACAUGACUGGUCGCCGGCUACCACUCAGCUGGUGCAAGGAAUUAUGCCAGUGCAAACACGACAUAAUCUGUUCAACGAGCCACCUAACCGGCUUCAUCAUUUCGGCCCGCGCACUCAAGUCCACAUGGCCGCACACCAACUCGCGCGUCCACCAGAAGUCCCUCCCCACCGAGCUGUCGCUGGCAGCCACCGAUGGCACCAGUCCCCUCCUUUCAUACCCAUGCAUACCACGACGCAUCCACGGGUCCCUCCCCUACAGUUAGACAACAUGCCGGCCAGCCUACCUAUAGCUGUACGCAGGCGGCGUGAAGGGAGACACCAACCCGAGCCUCGGCUCCGUCAUCUCAGGCGAAGACGACACCAUGAUGCAUCAGAUACCCAUACCGAUGCAGACCGGACAUCAACAAUUCAUGAAUCAGAGUGGUCAACGGACGAUGAGUCUCUCUUGGGUGUCCCGUCUUUCCUAAAGGAGGCGCACGAUCGUAGACAUCGAAGGAAAAAGGGUCAACGGCGUGACCGCUCGAAGGACCGUGACAUCCAAGGUUCGUCUGAUGAAUCGGUAUUUUUCCUGGACGAUGAUUACGAUGAGGCGUAUCUGUCGGAUAGACGCUGGGAUGACUCGCGCUCCUUUGUUCGACGACGCCCUGAAGAUAUGUACUGGUGGCACCCUCAGCGGCAUUAG